UGAUACCUUGCGCCAUCUCCUCCCCCUUCCAUCAUGGCGAAAUAACGAAAGACUCAUCAGAAAGAAUGGAGGCUUGGAAAGUCGCUCCUACUAGGACUAACGGGCUUUAAACUCCAUGGACUUUUGCUCGUCUCAAGGAAUAUUGAUCUAAGAAGACAUCUAUCAAGUUUUAAAACCGGAUUUGUCUUGCCUUUGGAAUAAAUUGCGUACUGAACCAAGGCUCCAGUUAUCCGCCCAAAACGAACUUGUCGAUCAAGCGCGGACAAUAUUCAGGUCUAAUAAGUCGUUUAUCAAGAAAGCCGUGUAAGCUAGAGUUCAUCCUCUCAACAGUGCAAAUUUAGGAAGAUAAAUUGUCAAAGAUUCAUAAGACAUCAGAAACAGAAACGUUGAAGUACAUCUAUCCCGCAAUAGGUACAUYGUGUUAUAAGACAUUACCUACAGCGAUUUCUUAUCAAUUUUUAUCAACUUACAAUAAAGAAAGAUGACUUUAAAAAGCUACAAGGAAGAGAAGAUCUUUAUCCAAGAGUACAAGACUGGAAGGAUCAUUGUUUCAUGGAAUCGAUUUGCAAGGUCUUUAAAGGAAGCUUUCGAAUUUUACACGGAGUCGAAACAGGCUGAAUUCUACUCUUGGGUUGAAAGUAUUCCAUCAAAGUUGAGGAAAAUUCCACUUAAAGGACUGACAAUAGCAGCAUUACCAUUUAUUUCAUUUCUUAUAUUAUACUCCAAUUACCGUGUUCUACGAGACAUCACUGGACUGAGUGCUGUUGUUAAACCUAAUUGCAAUUUUCUGCCAUGGCUAGAAAUGCUUGUGUUCCACUGUUACCCUCAUCAAAUCCUAUCAACAUUUUCCAACCCAAUGUUUGACUUGCUGGCUGCAAUUCCUUAUCUUAUUCACUUCGCAUUACCAGCAUUGUUUGCAUUGUACAAAUUUCUCAAUACUAAAAGUAUACAUGGAGCAUUUCCCUUUUUGUGGUGUGCAGGCUGGGUUAAUCUGGUUGCAGUUUUAAUCCAGUUUGUAUUCCCUACUACUCCUCCAUGGUUUGUAGACUCUGCUGUCUGGAGUGCUGAUGGACAGUUGCUGAAAGCUGGUGCAAAUGAAGCAGGAUUCCAUAGACUAGAUGGAGUUCUUGGUUUUCCAGUCUUUCAUAAUAUAUACUCUGCUUCUCCUGUUAAAUACGGUGCAUUUCCAUCCCUCCAUGUUGCUUGGCCUGCAAUUAUACUGGUGUGUGGACCAUGGGUCAGUGAAAAGUUUGCCAUGGGACAUGUUGCAUGGAUUACAUGGGCUGCGCUGUAUUCCAAUCAUCAUUAUGGGGUGGAUGCAAUUGCUGGAAUUGUCCUAGUCUUUCUUGUUAACUUUAUGAUGAGAAAAGUAUGGAGCCCAUUUCAGAUUGAUGGCAAACCAAAACAGUAUYCAUCUAUUACAAUUAGUAGGUCUAAAUCAGAACCAUGUUUACAUGUUUAAAAAAGAUGACAAUUUCUACAUACAAUAAAAGAGGAAAGAUUAACAUUUG